AUGCCAAGGAAUGCGCCAUCAAUCUGCAGAGGAAGCCUCCCCCUGGCCACCGGCAGCUCCACGGCUUUCCCCCUCCCACCUCCUCUGCCUGAGACGGCUCUAGCGACUCACUCGAACCCCGUGGCUCGCAUCCUCACCCUCCUCGGGCAAUGCAACACCGUCGGUACCGUGAAGCAGGUCCAUGCCCGCAUGCUCACGGCCUCCAUCCGCAAGGAAAACAGCUUCCUCUUCAGGCUGGUGGAGCUCGGAGACCGCGCCUACGCCGCCGCCCACUUUGGGUGCAUCCCUCGCCCGGAUAGCUUCGCCUUCAACGUCAUGAUCCGUGGACUCGCCACGACCUGGGCCGACUACCCCUCGGCUUUGGAGCUCCACCUCCUCAUGGUCCGAUCAGGGGAGCGGCCUGACAAUUACACCUUCCCCUUCGUCCUCACGGCCGCCGCCAAUCUCAUGUGGCGCUUCCACGGCAGCGCCGUCCACUCCUCGGUCCUCAAGACGGGGCAUCACUCCGAGAGCCACACCCAGCACUCGCUCAUCACCAUGUACGCCAGGUGCGGCGAGAUCCAGUCCGCGAGGCAGAUAUUCGACGAAUUGUCCGACAGAGACCUGGUCUCAUGGAACUCGAUGAUAUCCGGGUAUUCCAGGAUGGGCCUCGCGAGGGACGCGGUGGAGACCUUCCGCCGGAUGAGAUCGGCUGGGUUCGAGCCGGACGACAUGACUCUUGUCAGUGUUGCGGCGGCGUGCGGCGAUCUGGGCGACUUGGCCCUCGGCCGGUGGCUCGAAGACUUGGGGGCGGCAAGAGGGGCGGACCUCAACUCCUUCCUGGGCUGCGCGCUCGUCAGCAUGUAUGGGAAAUGCGGAGAUUUGGAGUCGGCGAGGAGGGUUUUCGACCAGAUGACAAGGAAGCACCUGAUAACCUGGAACGCCAUGAUCUCAGGGCAAGUUUAUAUAUAUACCUCGCGCUACUCUCGAGACUUCCACGCGCUUUCCGACGCAUCUCCGUUAAGUGUUUAAGAACCCCCUCGACACUGAUGAUCGGACCGACUCUCCAGGUACUCGCAGAACGGUCUUUCCCACGAAGCGAUCGCGGUGUUCAAGCUGAUGCGAGACUCGGGGACAGAGCCGAACGAAGUCACGAUGGUGACCGUGCUCUCGGCGUGCGCCGCGACCGGAGACAUUGCCCUGGGGAAAUGGAUGGACGCUCGGGCGGCGGAGAAGGGCCUUCUUGGGGACGUGUACGUCGGCACGGCCCUCGUCGACAUGCACGGGAAAUGCGGCAACUUAGACCGCGCCAUCCAGAUAUUCGACAGAAUGCCUCACAGGAACGUGGUCUCGUGGAACGCCAUGAUAUCGGCGCUGGCAUUCCACGGGCGCGCGCAGGAGGCGCUCUCGCUGUUCACCCGAUUGAGGGACGAGGGGACGGUGCGACCCAACGACAUCACCUUCGUCGCGGUGCUGACGGCGUGCGUCCACGCCGGUUUGGUCGACGAAGGCCGCCGCUGGUUCAGAUCCAUGGCUCCCGUCUUCGGCGUGGCGCCGCAGAUAGAGCACUACUCCUGCAUGGUGGACCUCCUUGCGCGCGCGGCGUGUCUCGAAGAGGCCUGGGAGUUCAUCGAAACGAUGCCCGAGAAGCCCGACGCCGUCGUCCUGGGCGCGCUGCUCGCCGCCUGCCGCACUUGCAAGAAUGUCGAAGUUGGGGAGCGGGUGAUCCACCGGCUGUUGGAGCUGGAGCCAGCGAACUCCGGCAACUACGUGAUCUCCUCGAAGCUGUACGCGGGCUCCAGGAGGUGGGAGGACUCGGCGAGGAUCAGAGGCCUCAUGAGGGAGAGGGGCGUCGCGAAGACCCCCGGGUGCAGCUGGAUUCAGGUUUGCAGCGAGGUCCACGAAUUCCGCUCCGGGGAUGCCCUCCACCGCGAGUCCGCCGAGAUCCGCCGGACAAUCGACGUCCUGAGACAGGAGAUGGAGCUGCAAGGGUACGUGCCGAACGCCGAUUUGGCGUAG